UUUAAAUUGAAAUUCCAUUUGUAAGUAUAUAAUAUUUAAUAAUAUUUUUAAUAAUAUGUUUUUAAUUUCAGAAUCUGUAAUUCCACGUAUAGUGGGCGGUCAUAAUGCUGGAGAUGGUGAAUAUCCUUAUCAAGUAUCAAUUAGAUUAAACAAUUAUCAUAUAUGUGGUGGAUCUAUUAUUAAUUAUUAUACAAUCCUUACUGCUGCGCAUUGUAUUUAUCGCAAAAAAUCAUCAGAAAUAACAGUUGCUGUUGGAACCAAUUAUUUAUUUUCUGGUAUUAUUUAUAUUGUUAAGGAAAUAAUUUGGCACGAAAAUUAUAAUGAAACCAUGAUCAUAAAUGAUAUCGGUUUAAUACGUGUAAAAAAUCGUAUAAAAUAUAAUAAAAAUGUUCAGCCGAUUUCACUUGCAUCGAAUUAUACACCUGAAAAUACAAUUGCUGUGCUAACUGGUUGGGGACAAUUAGAUGGAUUAAAACCUGUAAUUCCUCGUGCAUUGCAAGUAUUAAAUCUGACUGGCGAUUCUGGCGGUCCUUUAGUCGUAAAUGGCACAGAAGUGGGAAUCGUUUCCUUCGGUAUACCAUGCGCGAAAAAUUUUCCCGAUGUGUAUACCAGUGUACUUUCUUAUGAAAGCUGGAUAAAAGAGAAGAUAAAAAGUUGGAAUAUAGGAUCUCAAGUAAAUCCAAAUAUAUGGAUUGUCUUAUUAAUGUUUAUAGCAUCAACGAUGAUAUCCUGUUUACAUUCAUAUAAAUCAUAAAAAGUUAUAAUUAAAAUACAAGUUAUAAUUAAAAAUACAAUUAAUAUUAAGUUUAAA